AUGGCACGCCUACUGCAGACGAUAGGCCAUCUCCUCCCCUACCACCUCUUCGCAUAUGGCACUCUACUAGGCACACAGAUCUACCAGACCUUCGUCAACACAAAGCUAUGCUUCCAAUGCCUGCCCAUGCGGGAAUUUCUCGCCUUGCAGAAACGCGUGUUCCCCGUUUACUUUGCUUCGCAGGUUGGAUUGGUGGUUCUCACUGCUGCGACGUAUCCGCCGUAUAGUAUUUUCUCGUUGGUGAACGAUCUAUGGAGCGCGGGGCCUUUGCUGGUUGUUUUAGGAACUGGGGGGUUGAAUUGGGUGGUUUAUGGGCCGAGGACGACGACGGCGUCGCUGUUCAUGGUGAGAACUGGGGUCGGAGGUGUGGUUAUGAUGGGUUCUUGGGCUAAUGGGUUUGCAGAUGCUAAGGAGAAGCAGCAAAGUGAUCAGGGUGAUGAGGUUGAUGAGGGUAAGGUUCAACGGGCGGAUAAAGCAUUCAAGUUCAACCAUGCCAUGUCCAUCCAUCUUAAUGCGAUUUCGCUGGUCGCAACCGUUUGGUAUGGCUUUACGCUAUCGUCCUAUCUUCUUGGGGGAGUUUAG